UAUAUAUAUAUAUUAAUAUAUAUAUAUAUAUAUAUAUAUAUAUAUAUAUCACUGUAAAUUUUCUCAACGAUACUCUACAAUUUUCAUUAUUAAUAUCGUAGAGAAAAUUUCUGCAAGUGAGAAAGCAACGAUCAACGGUGGGAUUGCAUUGUCAUUGAUAUUGUUCUACUGAUCGAAUAUAAUUAAAGUGGCAAAAAUGACUGCCUUAUCGUAUGAGCGUGUAUGCGUCUAUUUACAUGUAUGUACAUAUCUCUUUACCAGAUUAUUAAAGCCCGUUUCAUGUGAGAUUCUUUGACAAAAGAAAAAUCAAGUUCUAUACAAAUUUUCGAAGGGUUGUGAUAAACAUUGAAUUGAUGAAUGAGUAAGGACUUUUUUUAAUCGACGUAGAUUAAACGACCGACACAUCGUACCACACGCUACUUAGGAUAAGAAAUACACAGAAAUGUACAAAAUGCAAAAUAUAGCGGACGAAGAAUUCAAAUAUACAUAUUUAUCAAACUUCCCGACGAUAAAGUUUAGCCGACAAUGAGUGUUGAAAUCGAAAUAGCAUCUAUUAAUUAAUUUCGUAUGGUAAUGAAAAAUUCAUAAACGAUAAUCAAGAUAAUAAGUUUUUAGUUUAAAGACUAUCAUAGAGUUUCUAAUUAUACAAAUAAAUACUAUUUAGUAAUAGCUUGGUCUCAUUCAAUUACCUCGACACUCUGUAUUAUCCGUAAAAUCUAUUUAUUGGUCGUGUAUAUUUUUUAGUACAAGGUAUUUAAUUAAAAAGAGAUGCAAUGUCGAUCGAGCAAUACAUUUCGAGAAAUUAAAACUAAAUACAUUCAUAAUAUGGGCUCUUAUUGGAAUCCUCGUGUUUCAGAAAAACUCGCUAUUCAAUUCAUUCGAAAUAUAUGCGAGUGGUGAGGGUGAAAAGAGGGAUGCUUGGUCGGGGAGAGCUUGCGCACGGAAAGCUCAGAGAUACGGAAGGGACUAACGCCCAGCUACCCUGUAAAUUGUGACUUCUUGUUCGUGGCUCGUAUCAAACGAAUCAUCAUCAAAUUCAAAAAUUCUAAAUUCGUUUCCACCUUUAUUUCUGCUUUAUUUCUACAUUAUUUUGUGAAAGCUCAUUAUUUUCCGUAGAAAGUCUUUUAAUACGCCAUCGGGAUAACGUUCAUUUUCCUCAGCUACGAGACGAGUUAUAUUCCUACACUUUCAUGUUCUUUUACGUAGGACUUUUUGAAAAGGGGAAAAGGAAGAAUCAGUAUCGUUGUCGAUAGAGCUCGCAUCUCUCUUUUAAGUGUAAAACAAAGUGUGAAUCAAAUGACGAGAAAACUCGAAAUACUUUCGGAUUUGAAAGUGUAAAAGCUGAAAAAGUUGUCUACGAGAAAGUGUAUCUAGCAAUAUUUAUACUCCAUGGUAACGUUCGAUUAUUACCUACAUACGUGAUUUAAUAAAACGUGUUUUAAUAAGGAGAGAAAAAAAUACAAUGCUAUACACACACACACACACAUAUGUAUGCAUAUAUGUAUAUUGGAAUUUAUUUCUUUCAGGGCGAAAUCCGAUAUUGUUCGAUAUUUGUCAUUACAAAAGAGGCUAGCAAAAUUUGACUAAAAAACAUAUUGAGAUUGAUCAAGAAGAUGAAAUCAUAUCUCCUCCUUUUCUUUUAUCUCUGUUCAUCGAGUAUAAUAGGAGUGUCAGCUGCAAAUGUAGAUUGCAAUUAUCAUCUGACCGCUCCAAAAGGAAUCAUAGAAACACCAAAUUUUCCAAAAGCUUUUCCAGUACCCAUAACGUGUCGAUGGGUGAUCGAUGUUUCUGACAUAACUUCGACGAAUAGUUCGAUAGUCGUCUAUAUGACGCAGCUUUAUGUUUAUAAAGGUCUCAAAUUGACCGAGUACGCGUAUUACGAGUCAGAAACGACGAAUUAUGGCGCGAGUUUGGUGGAAGAAGUAACGGAGGGCAACGUUUUCGUGCAUCGUUGGUUCAGAACUUUUCGCCCAUUUCUCGUCUUAGAAUUCGAACUUGAUAGACUCGAAGGAAACCAUGUACGUGUUUUGGACGAUCUUUUGGACGUAUAUGGUUUUAACGUCACAUACCAAAUGACCGAGGAAGAACCAAAUCCAAAUGCUUGUUCCGUUAGUGAAUGUUCUUUCACUGGAAAUUGUCUUUUAUCUGCAGAUUAUACAACUUUUACAUGCGAAUGCUUUUCUGGCUUUAAUGGAGAAAAAUGUGACGAAGGACCGCUUUGUUUUGACGAGCAACAAAACUCUAUUUGUCAAAAUGGUGGCAAUUGCAAACAUCUCGGGGCGAAAGCGGUACACUGUGAUUGCCUCUUCGGCUACGUUGGACGAAAUUGUGAAAUUCAACUUCUUGAAACUAUGAAUACAGAAUGCGGAGGUGAACAUUGCAUAAUACAAUGUCCUUAUCACGAAGAGGAACAACGACCGUGUGCUUGCAAAAAUGGAACGAAAAUAUACAACAAUCGAUCGAGAUACGAGUGCAGAAUAAAACUAUCGAACAUUACUUCUCUUCGCACAGGAUCGAUAGCUCAGCAUGGAAGUUUGGAAUCUUUUCUUGCAAAACAGCUAACCAAGUAUUUGAAGAGUUCAAAUAUAUCUUCCAUGGAGGACUUAAAGAUCCUAAGCGUGACGCCUACGUCGGAGAUAACUUUUCAAUUUUUUGGCAAUUCGGACGAUGGCGAUAAAAUUCGAGAAUCGCUGAAUCGUCUGGUCCAACGACGCCGUCUCAGCGAGAUAGCUCUCGAAUCUACGCACUUUACGUUUCAACAAAAGCCCGCGCUCAGAUUGCAGAUUUUACAUUUGGAUCGAUCGAACGAGCACGAGGUUCAUUUAGGCGAUGAAAUCAGUCUUCAUUGCGUCGCCCAAGGAAGUUACGGUAUUCAUUUCAUUUGGUACAAAGAUGAUAUGCUGGUAAACGUGAGCAAAGCAAAUAGAGGAAUUCGACACGAGGAUCUUCCUAACGGCGGAUUGGAUAUACACACGUCGAUAUUAAACAUCGAUAAGGCGACUAUAUUGGACGCUGGUCAAUAUACGUGCCAAGCUAUCGAUCGGGGUGUACAACAAUGUAAAAGUCUUUACGUACAAGUGAAAAAUGAACCGGAUGUAAAGGUUACGCCGAUGAGUACUACCGUGGAAAAGGGUAGCAAUAUACAACUGACUUGUACAACGCCCAAUAUGCAUAGUACAGGUAUAGGAUUCGGUUGGACAAAGAAUCGAGCGUUACUUAAGUUGGAACCAGGUAGUGAAAUUUGGGAGGACCUUUAUCCAGAUGGUAGCAUUUUAAAAAUUACGAACGUUCAGAAAUCGGCUAUAUAUACGUGCAACGUAGCACACCGGUCAAUGUCCGUGCGAGUGGAAUUAACGAAUCGAACUUUGGUACCGACGUGCUCUAAAGAAAAAUCCUGGGCUCUUCAAUGGCCCGACACAGCUCCCGGCUCGGAAGCUUUGCUCGAAUGUCCACGACGUUUCGUCGGUCCUAAAGUAUCGAGACUUUGCUCGAUGAAGGAUGCGACCACUCCCGAGUGGUUGAUGCCAGACUUUUCCGAUUGUCUUUACGAGCCAUUGCUUCGUCCUUACGAUAGAUUCCGAAGCUUGACGCUGGGCUAUCAAAACACAACAGGCUCGGAAACGAUAAUUGCCUUUUGGAAUGUACUACGAUCGCGCGAAUUAUCGCUUUAUCCGAACGAAGCUGAUCGUAUUUUAAGCAUACUCGUCGAAAUCGAACGUUACCAACGUACCAUCGAUCCGUCCGAUUUGCAUCGUUCUGCCGAAGCUCUGACGCGUAUCGUGAAUCGCAUAUUGAACGAGGAAAAUUCCAUUUUAAGUCCGCAAAGAUUAUGGAUAUUACUGCAAAUAGCCGAAAAAAAUCUAAUGCACUGGUCAAAAAAAUUGAAUCAAGGCUGCGUUCACUUGUCUCUGUCAUCAAUGGUCGUCGAUAUUCAACCCUUGCAAUUUUACAGCGGUGACAGCUUCAUAUACUCUCUUCAAAUCCCAACAAACGAUUACAUCUAUCCUGAUUGGUACAACGACAAUAUCACUAUACGUCUAUGGAAAAAGAGAUUCAGAGAUGGCAAAAACAAUAGUACGUACAAAGGAAUCGUCAUUGUUUAUAAAAACGUUUCUAGCUUCCUUCCAAACGUAUACGUCAAAGAGCUUGACGACGGUACAGACCUAGAGUAUUGGAUUAACUCGCAUGCGAUUACUGUAACCGUGCCUUCCUUCAAAUCUGACAAACACAAUAAAGUUUCGGUCGAUCUGCAUAUGAAACAAUUACGGAAUCAUUCUGGCGCUUGGAAUGUUUCUUGUGGACUUAUGGAUUACUCAGGUACCUGGAAUCUUAAUGGUUGCACAGCAAAUACAUUUCCAGGGGAUGUUACGAUUUAUUGUUCGUGUUCUAAUACCGGUACCGUUGCUCUUUUCUUGACCGCUAGGGCUGUAAGGGUAGUAUUAGCAAAGAAGGAACAAACAACUUUUAUCGUGACACUUGGCUGUGGAAGUUGUCUGGUUCAAUGUUCACUAUCGUUGUUAAUUCUUGGCAUAUAUUGGUGGAAAAAUCGGAGCUGGUUAAAUUUUUUGAAAGUACAGUGUUGCGGUGCUCUGAUCGGUGCAAUGGCUCUGUUCAUUUAUGCGAUACGCGGCAAUCUCUCUGAUAGUAACUACUCUCUCGUUGCAAUAGGAUUGGAAGCAUUUCUUCUUGUUGGCAUGUCGGCUCCCAUAUCCGAGGCUCUCAUAAUAUAUUCUCAACUUGUUCAUAUACGAUCGAAUCAGCAUUUUCAACCCACAGUCAUCGCUGUUAUUACAGGGGUACCAAUUUUGGCUGUACUAGCCACCGAACUUACUCACAAAAGUACCGGUUGGCGACACGAAUCUUGGUGGUUGAUUUACGGAAGCGGAGUAUACAAUAUAUUCGUAACUUGUGCGACCGUGAUGUUUUUCGUAUUUAUGAUACUCUAUAUGGGCGUCCUUCAUAAAGCUCAUGCACUCAUAGAGGAAAAUGUUAUGAAGAAAGAAACAAUAGAAUCGAGAACGCGAUUAUUGCAUCGUGCCGCUAUAAUUAUAUGUGGGAUUAUUGCCACGGAAGCGUCCUCGAUCUUCUACAUUAAUUCAACCUCAAUAAUUUAUCAUUAUGUCUUCGCAUCAUUAUCUUCCGUUCUAGGUUUCAUCAUAAUAAUAGCAUACGUUGUUAGCAGCGAAAUCAAUUUACUUAGACCAAUAUUACGAAAACUUAAAUGGAAAUUGGAAACGAGCAACGAACGAAUUUCAGAGCCGAUUAAAGUAUGUUCAAAAAUCGAGGCAGAAAUGCAAAACGAUGCCAUACCACCACCUCCGUCGUCCAUCUUGGCCGAACCCUACAUAGAAACUCGAGGAAUAGCAGCUGGUAGCAUAGAUAUGCGAGAAUUUACUACCGAGACCUCUUCUUAUUCGAAAUCUUCGACAUCCGUUGCUGGCAGGUACUUGCCUGAGAUUCGAAUCGAUCGACCGGACGACAUCAAUCUUGAAAACUAUAAUACUAGCCCGCGAAAGUAUCAAGAAGCAUUCGAUACAGCUUUUGCUAAGCGAACUUCUCAAUGUCUAGCCGAGUCUUACGGUGUUACAGAUCGUAACGCUUUUCGAGAUUUUUCUAUUCAUCAAAACGUUUCAUCGGAAUGCUCAGGCAAACUUCUUUGCAGCGCUGACAUAGAAUCACGUUUAAGUGCAAUGCCAGACGUAACGUUGGCGGUGAAAACGGAUGUAGAACAUUUAACGGGCGUUGAAUUGAAAACGAGAGAACACGUGAACGUUAUUCCCGAUAUUGCUAAUACAACGGAACGUAAACAGCCCGACGGCGAGGAAAAAAUGCCCGAAAUUCGAAUUACAAGUUGCGAGACUACGACUUCCGGCAUGCUGGAUCGUAUCUCGCAUGAUCUCGAUUAUCUUUUAAAUCGGACUCACACCAAAGAAGAAGUAUAAUAGACUUUCCAGGAUUUUUUUUAAAUAAACAUUCUCGUAAAUUUUCUUAUCGUCUCGCGUUAUGAUAGCGCGCGCGCUACUACUUCCGACUUAUUGGAAGUUCAUUAUAUAUUUGAAAUCGAGCACGUACAUUUUUCUAAAAUUCUUGUGCCGAUUAUUGUAACGAUACUUUGAUGACGAUGAAACAAUAACGCUUGCCCCGCUUAAAUUUAAUUUCUUUAGCGUUUUUAUGCGUAGUUAUUAGAUUCUAAGUGUACAUUUGAUUUUUUACAAAAGCAUAAGUCGUAGACAAACUCCAUACGACGUUGUUGCACAAUGUAUAAUGAUUUUAUUUCUGAAAGAAAAGACGUCGUGAAAUUUGUAUUAUAAAAAAUAAAAUGGAAGAAAAAAAAAAGAGAAAAAAAAAAAGAAAA